AAGGUAUUGGGAUUGACGAAUAUGUUGUCACAUUUCUUGCAACAAAAAGAUCAGAACAUUCUUGAGGCUGUGAGCUUGAUUAAAAGCACUAAAGAGAAGUUCCAAGAUUUGAGAGAAAGUGGAUGGGAAGAGCUAUUAGAAGAUGUCAGUAAAUUUUGUGUGAAGAAUAAAAUUGACAUUCUAAACAUGGAAGAUACAACUCAUCGUUCUAGACGCGUUCGCCAUCCGGUAACAAAUUAUCAUCACUUUCGAGCUGAUAUUUUUUAUCAGGUUAUAGACCAGGUCAAUCUGGAAAUGGAGAAUCGCUUUAGUGAGUCAAAUACAGAUUUACUCGCUUGUUUAGCUUGCCUUGAUCCUAAAGAUAAAUUUUCCAAUUUCUGUGAGUCAAAGCUAUUCAGUCUUGCGGAGUUAUAUUCAUCUGAUUUUUCAGCUGUUGAGCAAAUGGAGCUUAAAGAACAACUCCAAGUUUGGAUAU